AUGGAACUCCUCUUCUUCGAACGAGAUCGCUUUAAUUUACUGUACAACUGCACAUUCUACGAUCCGGACACCGUUCCGGCAGAAGAUCGUGGAAUGCCGAUGGUCGGAGCUCUGUGCCUGCCUUGCGGUUUACUCUCAAUUACCCUGUACAUCUUUUGCAUAUACGCAAUAUAUGAAAAGGGGCUCCUGAAACAUUCAACUUACCGAUUGAUGUUACUCAUGGCGUUUUAUCAUCUGUACGGAAUUGUUUUGGGCGGCUUUUUCAUGACCUACCUGCUUUGUUAUGGCCCGGUCUUCUGCGACAAUCCCACGUUUAUUUAUUUUGCUGGCACGUUUGGUACAUGUAAGUGCUUGGAAACCUCUUAAAGUUAUGACCCUUUAAUGUUGAGUAAUUUGAAUGCCUAAGAGUCGACAUUAUUAGUGUUCAUGCUCUUAUUUAUUUGUCCCAUUUGACCGGUGUUUUGAACGAGAAUUGAUCGGCAAAAUGACUCAGUUGAGAGAGUUUCAGAAUUUAAGAUUACUGUAAGACAUGAUUAGUAUUGUGCGGUAUGAUUAGCUAGAGGAUUUAACAGUUGGUCUGAUUGCCAAGAAAUCCUCGUUUACAAGAGCGAGUAGCUAUGCAAUCUAUUUUAUGUGGCAACAAAACAAACGAUUUCGCAUUGAAAAUUUCAUCGCCGCCGAGAAAAUUUUCACUUCAGCGGCGCGAUCGGCGCAACGACAUUGCGCUCCACGUCAUCCAAAAUAGAAGAAAAAUUUUCCCGCCCCUUUUUGGUGAUUCGUUCAAAACGAAAUGCCACAAUCCGAUAAAAAGCAUUUUCUUAUCUUUCUUCUUUCUUUUCGAAAAAAAGCAAUUAUUUCGGGCGAGAAAAAGUGCCAAUGAAAACGAUAAGAAGUUUCGAAACGGUUCAGGAAAUGCGCUGGAUUGACGUAUCGACACACGGAUAUAACUUUCAGCCGGCUGGAUGGGUUCCACAGUCGCAGGGACAAUCCUCAGUUUCAACCGCUGCUGUGAAAUGUACAGUAGUCAUCUGGCACGCUCAUUGUUCAGCGGGAAGAAAGUCUAUCUCUGGAUGAUCGCACCGUGCUCUCUGUUCCUAUAUUGUGUUAUGUUCGAAAAGCCUCUUUUGUUCAACGGGAUUGGCAACUCUUGGUUCUUCAAUCCCCAUUACGGGUACUUCGAUGACGAGGGAAAGGUGUAUGUAAAUUAUAUCCACACACUGAACAACACACUGACUGUUUUCACUCAAAUUACGCUGAGCUCCACCUUUGUCCUACUGUACUUUUUGAGAGUGAAACGGCAUGAGUCGACAAUGUCCAGGAAUGAUAAAUUGGUAUGUUUCAACGUCGUUUCAGCUGAAUAUAGCAUCUUGCAGAUGUGCCUCCAAGUUUUUAUAAUCGGUCUGUUUGAGUUGGUUGCCAGUUUAUCCUUUCUGAUUGAGAAUUGGUUUUCAACUGGCCUUGCAAUAAGUUUAAUUGCCGGCGGAAGCUACUUGGGAGCGAACGGUAAACUGUUUUGAAAACGAACUACAUCUUUAGCUUACGUUAAUUGACACAAAAUUUUUAGCUUGUGCCCCAUACGUGUAUCUAAUUUUCAAUCGUUCAAUUCGCAAUGUCCUCAUCAAGCGAUUGAUUCUACUUCAUAACUCCAGAGUAUAUACUACAAAUGAACGGUAUUUUUUGAACUCACAAAGUGCCUCAAAAUAG